AUGAGUGGUAGCAGCCGCGACAUCUUUGAUUCUUCGCUCGACCUCGAGCGGGAGCACCUCGACAGAGGGUAUGCGGAAGGGCUCAGGGACGGUCAGACGGAGGGGCUGAAGGAAGGGAGAGAAGUGGGCCUGAAGAGCGGGUUUGAGAUUGGGGAGGAAGUUGGAUUCUACUCUGGGUGUGUGGAGAUUUGGAGCAAGGCCUUGGAGACAGACGGGACUCUCUUCAGCGCCAGGGGUCGGAAGAGCAUACACACAUUCUCGCAGCAGUUAGCUGCCUUUCCUCUCAAAGAACCACAGAACGAGCAGUACGACAGUCUCUUGAAGCAGCUGAGAACGCGGUGGAAGGUGCUGACGUCACUCCUGGGCGUGGCGCCGUUGGAGUAUCCGGGGUACCCCCGGGGGGAGGAGGACCCCACCAGCUUCUAA